AUGACCAAGAUUUUGCUCACCGGCGGCUCCGGCUUCAUCGCCGCCCACAUCCUGGAACAGCUCCUCGCGCGCGGCCACUCGGUCGUGACGACCGUCCGCUCCGAGGACAAGGCCCAGAAGAUCCGCGACGCGCACAAGGACCUCGACGCCUCGCGCCUUUCCGUCGCCAUCGUGCCCGACAUUGCGCGCGAGGACGCCUUUGACGAGGUCGUCAAGACGCCCGGCCUCGAGGCGGUGCUGCACACGGCCAGCCCUUUCCACUUCAAGUGGACCGACGCCCAGAAGGAGCUCCUCGACCCGGCCGUCAUCGGCACCACGGCCAUCCUGAGGGCCCUCAAGAGGGACGCCCCGGGCGUGCGGCGCGUCGUCGUGACGUCGUCCUUCGCCUCCGUCAUCGACGAGGCCAAGCUCGAGGACCCCGCCACCGUCUUCACCGAGAAGCACUGGAACCCCGUCACCGCCGAGGACGUCGGCCGGAGCCCCGCCACGGCCUACCGCGCCUCCAAGAAGCUGGCCGAGCGCGCCGCCUGGGACUUUGUCGAGAAGGAGCGCCCCGCCUUCGACCUCGUGACGCUGACGCCGCCGCUGGUGCUGGGCCCCGUCGUGCACCACUUCGCCGACCUGGCCAGCAUCAACACGUCCAACGAGCGGGUCGUGGACCUGGUCCAGGGCAAGUGGCGGGACGCCGUCGCCCCCACGGGCGCCGCCUACCUGUGGAUCGACGUGCGCGACCUCGCCACGGCGCCCAUCCUGGCCCUCGAGAAGCCCGAGGCCACCGGCCGCCGGCUGUUCACCACCGCCGGCUGGUUCAGCAACGCCGAGAUCGCCGCCGUCGUGCGCAAGAACUUCCCCGAGCUGGCGGACCGGCUGCCGGCCGAGGGCACCAAGGGCGGCGAGCGGCCGCCGAAGGACAAGCUGCACGGGUACGACGACAGCGAGACGGCCAAGAUACUGGGCAUCAAGUGGCGGACCCUGGACGAGAGCAUCACGGACCUGGUCAAGGACAUCAAGGCUUUCGGUAUCUAG